AGGAAAUGGAAACCCUAACCCAGAAACCACCUGACACCCAAACCCUAGAACCUCCAAUGGUGGUAGUGGAAGCUACGGUUUCUCCAGAAGCUGAUGAAACCCUACCUGUGAAGGAACCCCAGGAAAAGGGGUUAAUGCUGUUCUCCAUUGGUGAUUUAGUUUGGGGGAGAAAGGAUGCAGAUCAAUGGUGGCCUGGUAUGGUCUGUGAUCCAUCACGGGCGCCGGACGAAUCUCCAGGUAGGAGCUCUGAUGCUGUCUUGGUUGCGUAUUUCGGUGGUGACGACUCCUUCACCUGGUGUCUCCCUUCACAACUGAAGCCUUUCAAGCUUGAGUUCCCGAAAAUGGCUGCUCAAAGUGAGUCGAAGAGCUUUGUAAGCGCUGUAGAGAAUGCUCUAGAGGAGAUGGAGCGGUGUCUGGAGCUGGAGUUGUCCUGCUCUUGUGUGGUCGAUGAGUUUUCUAAGCAAGAAAGCAGGAAGUUUUCUGUCACUAAUUAUGAGCCAAUUGAGUUUCUUAAGCUUGUUUUUGAUGCAGCUAAAGAUGCGUUGGCUGUGAAUAUGCUCGAAAUCACAAUGCUUAGGAGCUGGGCACUGGCGAUUGGCCGCGGAGGUGGCCAGCAUCGUCGCAAAAUCUUGGAUUUGAUUGAUAAGAUCGAUUUUGAUGCUCCACGGGGGGAGUUGAUGAGAGAGGAUGAUGGGAGAGUUGAAGUUGGUGCAAUGGCAGAUGUUUCAGAGGAGAAGAACCAGGGGAUUAAGAAGAGGAAUAUGACCAACGUUUCAGAGGAGAAGGAUCAGAAGACGAAGAAGAGGAGCAUGACCAAGCUCAUUGCAGAGAUGGAUUUGAAUGCUGUUGAGGUUAGUGAUACGGAAGAAGAGAUCGAUGUGGUAGUUGCUGCUGUUGUUAAUGAAGAGAAGCAUGAGGAUGUAAAGGAUCCUGAGUUAGUGAAUUCUGUUGUUGAAGUAGAUGAUGGAACUGGCUCUGGGAAGAGGGAAAGGAAGAAGAGCAAGUAUUUAUCUUAUCCUUACACUGACUACAUUGAGAAUAACAAGAAUUCGACAUCACCAGAGGAUAUUGAGAUGAAGACGCCAAAGAAACGUGGUGUGCUUAUUGGGUCACCAAGGAAGUCAAGAUUCAGUGGUGAUGGAUUUGAUAAGGAAGAGGAUCAGAAGAGUCCAGUGUAUAAGAUUGAUGCCACUCCUGUAUCUGAGAUUUUAGCAGAGCUCCAGGCUACUGCUGUCGAUGGCCUUCAUCUGAAAUGGAACCGCUUAGCAAAAGCAGUAAGGGGUUUCCUUGCUGUUUAUCGAAACUCAGUGUUCUCUGAUGGUUCAGAGUUUCAGGCUUACCAGAAACACCUCAGUGAAUGUGGUUGCAUGAAUGGUAAAGGUCUGGAUACUGCCAAGGUUGAUUGUUUGAAAGAAGACAACAAUGAGCGGAGUGACAAGCUGAAGAAAGGUGAAGCUAAUGGAGAAAUUUUGGAUGAUGGUAAAAUGAAAAGGUCUGGGAAAGGUAAUGCUUUGCAGAAAAAGAAGGCAAGGAAGGAUAAUGCUGAAGGGCAAACUACAUUGUUGGAUUCAGCUCCUAGUUUGACAUUGUUGAAGAGGCAGAUGAGGAUUGAUGGUGGAGCUCCAGUCAAUGUGUCUGUGGAGUUUACAGAUGAUUUAGGGAAAGGUAAAUCUAUGGGUGGGAGGAGGAAGGGCAAGAACAAUAGCAAUUUCCAGGUUGCUGUAGAUUCAGGACCAAAACUUUGGAAUGCAGCCAAACUCAGUGAAGCUCUCGAAAAGCCGAAUGCAAGCGGGGAGCUUUCAAAUGGUGGAUCAUUUGUGAAUCCUGAGCAUAUGGUUGUUGAACCUCCCAAAAGUGGUGAUAAAUCAGGGCAAAAGAGGAGAAACAGCAAGGAAAGCAUUACCGAUGCUUUGGAAGGUGGCAAAUCAGGGAAGAAAAGGAAGAGAAACAAGAAUGGAAAUAGUUGUGCACGUCCAGAAGCUCUGCUCUUGUCAUUUGCUCCAGGAACCAUUCUGCCUUCCAAAGCUGAACUCGUUGCAGAAUUCAGCAAGUAUGGCAGCUUGAAUGAGGCAGGCACAGAAGUGCAUGAGGAUUCAUUCAGUGCCCGUGUUGUUUACAUGAACAGCUCUGAUGUCGAGAAAGCCUUGAACAGUCAAGAUAAAACUGGAGUCUUUGCUCCUCCAUAUGCUACUUAUCGUGUUCAUUACCUACCUGGAAACUUCAGCCCCUCUGAACUAAAACUCUCUGUUCCACAGCCACUUCCUUACAUUAGGAAAAACCUCGAGAGGAUGAUCACUACUCUGACCGGUUCUUCGGUUCCUGGCAAACAUGCAGGGCAAGCAGAUGGACUGAAGGUUGAUGCAAAGGAAAAUUUAGUUGGUGAGAUGCAGGGACUUCUGGAGAAGGUCAACCAGCUACUUGAUGAACCACCAACCGAAGGUUACCUGGUGGAUUAGCAUCUUCAAUAGCUGACGUGGAGGCUGGGAAAAACCCAAUUAGUGCAGGUGGAGGUUUCCACGUCAGCUAAUGAAGAUGUUAAUCCAUCAGGUGAUCUAUGAAAUGAUUAGUAACUUUAAUGAGCAUUUCAAAACAAA